ACUCUCUACCUGCUUUUAGGUGCGGUUGACUUUUUCACAUGCAGCCAUUAUAGAGCUGUGCAUUAUUUCACUGAGUCCAUUAACAGCAACUGUCCCUUCGAAGCAUAUCCUUGCAAGAGCUACGAUGAUUUCAAGAAAGGGAAAUGCACCUCGUGUCCAUCAGGAGGCUGUCCAAAGAUGGGCUACCAAGCAGAGAAUAAGGGGAACAGAUUCGACGGGAAAUACUUCUUGCUAACUAGAGGACAGAAGCCGUUCUGUUCAUAUCACUACAAAAUAACGUUUCAUACUGGCACAGGCCUUUUCUCGGAUCUCAGCGGUGACUCAGUCAAAGUAAUAAUCACAGGUGACAAUGCCACAACAGAAGAAAUUAAAUUGCCACAACGAGACCUCGAUCCGGGCAGCAUUGAGUCAUUUGUCGGCAUUACAAGGCACGACAUUGGAAACCCGCUAAGAAUCAAAGUCGUGCAUACAGGAUUAGUGGAGCAAUGGAAACUUGAGAAGGUCGUCAUUAGAAAAUUCGGCACAGAGAAAGACUUCGAAGCUUGCUUCAACCGUUGGCUAAACACCCAAGCAAAUGAAGUAAGUCUUCAUGAAGUAAAAGGUACUGGGAAAUGCUAGCUCAAGAACAUCUGGCAGUAGUAUCUUUACAGAAGUUUUGACACGUCUUCAUAGAAUGUCACUAGGCCAUUGCAAGAAAUUCAUAACAAUGAAGCUAAUACUAA